AUGUCUACUUCCAACAAUUCCCUCGAAUUUGUUAUGGACAAGCACUGUGAAAUGGUCAGUCACAGCCGUUCUGCAGACCAAACCCAGUUUUCUGGAAUUGCUUUCGACCCCUUGUGCAAUUUCAACCAAGAGAUUGUUGACAAAAUGCAUGGAGAAGUUGUACUCCGAUAUGUGACAGAUAUCUUUGUCAACCAUGCCAAUAUGGAAUGGACUCAUACCUCAGCUGGAAACUCAGCAGUCAUGAACCUCUUAAGUCUCAGAAGUUUUUUGCCAACUGAAGUCAACGAGGCCACCACCAAAAUCAUUGUUGCACAGAAGCCAAAGACGAAUCUGCUGGAGAAGGUUGGCCCUGAUUCUGUUCCUACUGCAGAAAGCAUAGGUCAAGAUUCGUACCAAAAGUACAACCAAAACCAGGUGAACAAGCUCUUCUCCUUGGUUUUCUCGGAAAACGAGACUGCUGCUGCCACUGCCAGGGAAACAGGAAUCAAUGUCCAGACUGCCCAGAACUAUGUCAGGCUGGCCAGAGAGAAGAUCCAGGCCAAUUUUGAUGCUGCCACAGUGGAGACUGAUGAGUCCAAUGGGCUGGAGACGAUGGAGGUUGAGGAGGUUUCUGUACCUAAAGAACGAAAACAUGGCAACCAAAAGUUGUUCCAGGAUAGCUGUCAUGGAAGAGUUCUCUGGGCUGCAGAUUACCAAAUCAGCAAUCUAGAAGCACUUGGUGAAGAAGUGUGCUCUGACAAUAAAGAAGUUAGAGAAGCUGCCUGA